AUCAAUUAUCAUUUUUUGUAACGAAAACUUAAUUUCAAGAAGAAUAAAGAAAAAAAUAAAGAAUUGCUGCAAGAAAUGAAGUUUGGAGAAUUAUUCGCUCAAUUGGGUUCCGCAAUCGCCGCUUUCAUGUUCUUCAAAGCGAUUCUGGAUCAAUACAUCCCAACCCAGCUCAGAAUCUCCGUCGGAAAACACUCCGGCAAGCUCUUCAGCUUCCUCUCACCGUACAUCCAAAUCACCUUCAGCGAGUUCGCCGGCGAGCGUCUCAUGCGCAGCGAGGCCUACUCCGCCAUAGAAACCUACCUGAGCACCACCUCCUCCGCCCAGGCGCGGCGGCUCAAGGCGGAGACACUCAAGAACAGCACCCACACCCUCUCCCUGAGCAUGGACGACAACGAAGAAGUCGCCGACGAGUUCAACGGCGUCAAACUCUGGUGGGCCUCCGGCAAAACCACCUCCAAGAAUCAAACUUUCUCCUUCCAACCAAUCACCGACGAGAAAAGAUUCUACAGUCUAAGAUUCCACAAGAAACAUAGAAACUUCAUCAUCGAAACUUACCUCAGCCAUGUAAUGAAAGAGGGGAACGCAAUCAAGGUGAAGAACCGACAGAGAAAGCUCUUCACCAACAAUGGCUCAUCCUGGAGCCACGUGGCAUUCGAGCACCCUGCCACGUUUCAAACCCUAGCAAUGGAUCCCAUCAAGAAAAGGGAUAUUGUAGAUGAUCUCACAUCGUUCACGAAAGCCGAGCAUUUCUAUUCCAAAAUCGGCAGAGCAUGGAAACGAGGCUACCUUCUUUACGGCCCGCCUGGAACGGGCAAAUCGACCAUGAUUGCCGCCAUGGCUAAUCUGUUAAGCUACGAUAUCUACGACCUCGAACUAACCGCGGUUAAAGACAACACCGAGUUAAAGAAGCUGCUGAUCGCCACUUCUAGUAAAGCCAUUAUCGUUAUCGAGGAUAUUGACUGCUCGGCUGACCUCACCGGGCAGAGGUCCCCGCCUGUUAAGAAGAAAGACGAAAACGACCCUCUGAAGCGAAUGGCGAGAGAGGAAACGGAGUCGAAGAGUGCCAGCAAGAUUACGCUUUCAGGGUUGUUGAAUUUCAUAGACGGGCUUUGGUCGGCUUGUGGGAGUGAGAGGAUUAUUGUGUUCACGACUAAUUACGUCGAGAAGUUGGAUCCGGCUUUGAUUCGAAGAGGGCGUAUGGACAAGCACGUGGAGCUGUCUUAUUGUGGGUUCGAAGGGUUUAAGGUUUUGGCGAAGAAUUAUCUCGAUUUGGAGCGGCACGAAUUGUUUGAUACGAUAGAGGGUUUGUUGGGUGAAGUGAAGAUUACUCCGGCUGACGUUGCCGAGUGUUUGAUGCCGAGAAAUAUCGUGGGGGAUGCCGAAAUUUGCUUGAAGAAUUUGAUUUCAGCCAUGGAAACUGCUGCACAAGUUGAAACAGAGCAAAUCUCUGUUUUCCGACAAGAUUAUGCCCUGAUAUUUCGCAAACUCGUUAAAUUUUUCAAGCCCGAGAGAGUAGAGUGUAACGAGAGAACAAAACUCGGUGGAAGAUUUACACAUUACUGAAUUUCCGAUGGAAUUGGUGUUCCUUAAUAAUUGCGUUUAAUCUCAAAAUGCUAUCUGAUUUCGAU